CGGCCCUUCGCCCCACGUCAGCAGCGGAGGCCCCGCGGCUGGCGUUUACUCCAACGCCGCUGACGUAACGUCAUCUUGCGGGACGUGGACGGAAGGAAAAGGGGAGUAAGCCGGCGGCAGAAUCUGUCCGGCGUACAGUGCCGGCCGGGCAGCGGGGUCGUGUGGUCGUGUUGAGAUACUUUGAUCAGUGACCACAUCGCAUCAUGUUGAAUCAAAUCUACCGCUCUGGGUUCCAGCCCUUCCGCCAGCGUCUCCUGCCCUGGGUCCAAUCCACAGCCCUCUCCAGAUCUCAUCGUGUCCAGCCUUCAGCCAUCAGACAUGUUCGUUCUUGGAGCAACAUCCCCUUUAUCACUGUGCCCCUCAGUCGUACACAUGGCAAGUCUUUUGCCCACCGCAGUGAGCUGAAGCAUGCCAAGAGAAUCGUGGUGAAACUCGGAAGUGCUGUAGUAACCCGGGGGGAUGAGUGUGGUCUUGCACUGGGGCGCCUGGCAUCUAUUGUUGAGCAGGUUUCAGUGCUACAGAAUCAAGGCCGAGAGAUGAUGCUGGUGACCAGUGGAGCCGUAGCCUUUGGCAAGCAACGCUUGCGCCAUGAGAUCCUUUUGUCUCAGAGCGUGCGGCAGGCCCUGCACUCUGGGCAGAACCAGUUGAAAGAGAUGGCAAUUCCAGUCUUAGAAGCACGAGCCUGUGCAGCCGCUGGACAGAGUGGGCUGAUGGCCUUGUAUGAGGCCAUGUUUACCCAGUACAGCAUCUGUGCUGCCCAGAUUUUGGUGACCAACUUGGAUUUCCACGAUGAACAGAAGCGCCGGAACCUUAAUGGGACACUUCAUGAACUCCUCCGAAUGAACAUCGUUCCCAUUGUCAACACAAAUGAUGCUGUCGUGCCCCCAGCUGAGCCCAAUAGUGAUCUCCAGGGGGUAAAUGUUAUUAGCGUUAAAGAUAAUGAUAGCCUGGCUGCCCGUCUGGCUGUGGAAAUGAAAACUGACCUCUUGAUUGUUCUUUCAGAUGUAGAAGGUCUCUUUGACAGUCCUCCAGGGUCAGAUGAUGCAAAGCUCAUUGAUAUAUUUUAUCCUGGAGAUCAGCAGUCUGUGACCUUUGGAACCAAGUCAAGAGUAGGAAUGGGUGGCAUGGAAGCCAAGGUGAAAGCAGCCCUGUGGGCUUUGCAAGGUGGCACUUCUGUUGUUAUUGCCAAUGGAACCCACCCAAAGGUGUCUGGACAUGUCAUCACAGACAUUGUGGAGGGAAAGAAAGUUGGCACCUUCUUUUCUGAAGUAAAGCCUGCAGGUCCUACCGUUGAGCAGCAGGGAGAAAUGGCUCGAUCAGGAGGAAGGAUGUUGGCCACUUUGGAACCUGAGCAGAGAGCAGAGAUUAUUCAUCAUCUGGCUGAUUUGUUGACGGAUCAGCGUGAUGAGAUCCUGUUAGCCAACAAGAAAGACUUGGAGGAGGCAGAGGGGAGACUCGCAGCUCCUCUGCUGAAACGUUUGAGCCUCUCCACAUCUAAACUGAACAGCCUGGCCAUUGGUCUACGGCAGAUUGCAGCCUCCUCACAGGACAGCGUGGGGCGUGUUCUGCGUCGAACCCGUAUUGCCAAAAACUUGGAACUAGAACAAGUGACUGUCCCAAUUGGGGUCCUGCUGGUCAUCUUUGAGUCUCGCCCAGACUGUCUACCCCAGGUGGCAGCCUUGGCUAUAGCAAGUGGUAAUGGCUUAUUACUCAAAGGAGGAAAGGAGGCCACACAUAGCAACCGGAUUCUUCACCUUUUGGCCCAAGAGGCCCUCUCAAUCCAUGGAGUCAAGGAGGCCAUACAGCUGGUGAAUACCAGAGAAGAAGUGGAAGACCUUUGUCGCCUAGACAAAAUGAUAGAUCUCAUCAUCCCACGUGGCUCUUCCCAGCUGGUCCGAGAUAUCCAGAAAGCUGCUAAGGGGAUCCCGGUGAUGGGGCACAGUGAAGGGAUCUGCCACAUGUAUGUGGAUUCAGAGGCCAGUGUCGAUAAAGCCACCAGACUGGUCCGAGAUUCUAAAUGUGAGUAUCCAGCUGCCUGUAAUGCUUUGGAGACUCUGUUAAUCCACCGAGAUCUGCUGAGAACGCCAUUAUUUGACCAGAUCAUUGACAUGCUGAGAGUGGAACAGGUGAAAAUUCACGCAGGCCCCAAGUUCGCCUCUUAUCUGACCUUCAGCCCCUCUGAAGUAAAGUCCCUCCGAACUGAGUAUGGGGACCUGGAAUUGUGCAUUGAAGUGGUGGACAGCGUCCAGGAGGCCAUCGACCACAUCCACAAGUAUGGCAGCUCGCACACAGACGUCAUUGUCACAGAGAAUGAGAAAACAGCAGAGUUCUUCCUCCAGCACGUAGAUAGUGCCUGUGUGUUCUGGAAUGCCAGCACUCGCUUCUCUGAUGGCUACCGCUUUGGACUGGGAGCUGAAGUGGGCAUCAGUACGUCGCGGAUCCACGCACGGGGGCCAGUAGGAUUGGAGGGACUGCUGACUACAAAGUGGCUGCUACGAGGGCAGGACCACGUGGUCUCCGAUUUUUCCGAGCACGGAAGUUUGAAAUAUCUUCACGAGAACCUCCCUGUGCCUCAGAGAAAUACCAACUGAGAGCAUUCCUAGAAGAGGCGGGAAGGAUUAGAGAGGUCUUCACAGUUAAGAUGGUCUUAAGAAUCUUGGGAUGAGCCAGGGCUUCAUCUCCCACUUCCUGGAAGGGUCUGCCUCUGGGAAAAUGCACCUCAAGGCUUUCAGGCUCAGUUUGGCAACGCCACUCCUGGCUAAUGCGCAUAUUCCAAUUCACCCUUCUCUCUCUUAAGUUAGAAAAGAACUACCGUGGACAGGGACUUUGCUUCUCAUAGUCCAGUUCCCUGUGAUGAUAGAAGCAGAAAGGUACAGCUUCCCCCCAUAAAGGGCAGUGGAAAAAAAUCAUGGCCACUUUUACCUUUUUAUCGCCUCAAUGAGGUAACAUCUCCCUUGGCAUUUGGUUGGCACUAGAGCCCAUCACACCUAAUAUGUCUUUCCACAUUUCAUUUCUUCAUGCUUACGGUCAUUUUCAGAAAGGAAAGGUUUGUAAUUUAGAAGAGGGGCAGCUCUUCUUUUUGGCAUUCUCCUCAGAAACAGUUGCAGAAAUGGACUGAAUCAUUUCCACCAGGAAGAUUGACUUUUGUAUUUAUUGUGGGGUAAAUAUAUGGAAGUAUUCCAGAUGCUCACCCCUCUCCAGACCCAGAGGACCCAGCAUUACCCGGAUGCAGUUGGAACCUGGAGCUGUGAGUCCCAGAAAGAAGUAACUACAGCAAUUAUGCUUGAAAUUUUUAUAUGAAUUACUUUGUCACCCUGCCCUUUCCCUCUAAAACAAAAAUUAAAGGGUUAUUUUAAUA